CACACAUUCCCUCCCUCUCUCUCACAGUCACUCAGUUGCAACAACACGCUCACCGAGGUUGGCAGCACAAAGCAGAGACGCUGUUUUACCAGCUUGAACACACGCUCACACACAUCUCGCCCAAAUCCACGCGCGCAGACAUUCGACACACACCUUCUCAGCAACACCCGGGGAGCUGAAGCCUAUACUGACGAGAGGAAGAAAGGACACUGGUGAAGAGAAGAAGAAGUAAAAGAAGCUGAAGAAGAGAAAAUAAAGACACAUUUUGUAAAUCAUCAAUAAGAUUGUCCAACCUAACAGCUUUCUCCAGAAGCACCCUGCUGACGGACCCAAGUGCGGGACCUUCAUGAGUGUGUGCACUUAACCUCCUGUGUGUGUGUGUGUGUGUGUGUGUGUGUGUGUGUGUGUGUGUGUGUGUGUGUGUGUGUGUGUGUGUGUGUGUGUGUGUGUGUGUGUGUGUGUGUGUGUGUGUGUGUGUGUGUGUGUGUGUGGCAUCAUGCUGUGGACACUGAUCCUAGCGCUGCUGGUGCUUCUCCUGCUGCAGUCUCAGCUCUCUGUGUGCUUAAGGGAAUUACGCAACGGGAUUUCCAGCUCCUCCUCUUCAUCUUCCUCUUCCUCAUCCUCCUAUAAUGCCACCCAGCAGCGGCUGCCCGGAGCGAUUAUUAUUGGGGUGCGGAAAGGUGGCACCAGAGCCCUGCUGGAGAUGCUCAACCUGCACCAAGACGUGGAGGUGGCAAAGGCGGAGGUGCACUACUUCAACGUGGAGGAGCACUUCCGCCGAGGCCUGGCAUGGUACAAAGCCCAGAUGCCCUUCACACUACCUGGUCAGCUGACGGUGGAGAAGACCCCUGGCUACUUUGCGUCCCCUCAGGUUCCAGCACGUGUCUGGGCCAUGAACCCUGCCGUGCGCUUGUUGCUCAUCGUCCGGGACCCGGCUGAGAGGCUGAUCUCGGACUACACCCAGGUCCUCCACAACCGCCUGACCCGUCACAAGCCCUACCAGCCUCUAGAGGAGCUCCUGAUCAACAAGGGGCACAUUGACCCUGCGUACAAGGCGCUGCAGAGGAGCCUGUACCACCAGCAUCUGGCCCGCUGGCUGGAGGUCUUCCCUAGGGAGCAGAUCCAUGUGGUGGACGGCGACGCACUCAUACAGUAUCCCUUCCCUGAGCUGAGAAAGGCAGAGAGGUUUUUAAACCUGCCACCCAGGAUAAGCCCCGACAACUUCUACUACAACACCACCAAGGGCUUCUACUGCCUCCUGUCUGCCGGACACGAUAAGUGCCUGGACGAGUCCAAAGGCAGGCCGCAUGCGCCACUGAGCACCCAGGCCUUUCAGAAGCUGUGUCGCUACUUCAGGAAGCCUAACAAGUUGUUCUUCGAAAUGAUAGGAAGGUCGUUCUCCUGGUGCUGAACCAGUGGUGAAAAGCCCCAGUGGAGUUGAAAUAGCUCCUGCACACUGCUGACACAUUCAGGGAAAGAAGGGGACAAAGAACUGUGGUUUGUGUUUUUGUAGGUAGAUGACUGGAAAGAAUCUUAUUUCAAUGUAUGUUGUUGAUACCUACUCAGGUAUAAAUGUGACCGACAAGAGCAGAUGAAAAACAUGGAGAAGUCGUACUGCUUGAGUUGAACAUGUGGCCAACACAAACCUUCAUGAUGACCAAGCUGGUGCCUCUUUGGAUAAACUCACUUGACAAAUAUACGACAACUGUGCCAUACAAGAUUGCAAGAUUGAAACUAUACACAACCAAAUCCUUUUGAGUGAUCAUUUGUGGGGUGUGCAGCCUUUGAGGUGAUGUAGAAAUAGAGAAGUGGUUGAAAAGAUGGUUGAAUUUGUUGCACUAUGAACUAUUGCAUAAUAAAAAGAAGUCAAUCAAGGUUCAAUUUCAAACAAAUAACAGUUGUUACUUGUUGUGUGUAAGUACAAAUGCUUAGUUGAGUCAUCCUGUAUACUUAAUUCUUUAGUUUUUUUACAAGACUGACUUUUAGAUAAACAUUUACUGGAAACACCAUCCUUAUUUUUGCUAUAGCUCUUUGGAACGUACCCUUGAAAACUUGCUUUUCCUUCAAGGCCAAUGUAGACCCAUUUUUUUGUGUGUGUUUUUUAAAAUGUCCUUCUA